AUGUCCUUUGACGACUUACACAAAGCAACCGAGAGAGCGGUCAUCCAGGCCGUGGACCAGAUCUGCGACGAUUUCGAGGUCACGCCCGAGAAACUAGACGAAUUAACCGCCUACUUCAUCGAACAAAUGGAAAAAGGUCUAGCUCCACCAAAGGAAGGCCAUACACUGGCCUCGGACAAGGGUCUUCCCAUGAUUCCGGCAUUCGUCACCGGCUCACCCAACGGAACCGAGCGUGGUGUUCUACUAGCCGCCGACCUGGGUGGUACCAAUUUCCGUAUUUGUUCUGUUAACUUGCACGGGGAUCAUACUUUCUCUAUGGAACAAAUGAAGUCAAAAAUUCCGGAUGAUUUGCUAGACGAUGAGAACGUCACAUCUGACGACUUGUUUGGUUUUCUAGCACGUCGUACAUUGGCAUUCAUGAAGAAGUACCACCCGGACGAACUUGCUAAGGGCAAAGACGCCAAUCCUAUGAGGCUGGGUUUCACUUUCUCGUACCCUGUAGACCAGACAUCUCUAAACUCCGGGACACUGAUCCGUUGGACCAAGGGUUUCCGAAUCGCGGACACCGUCGGAAAGGAUGUGGUGCAAUUGUACCAGGAGCAAUUACGCGCUCAGGGUAUGCCUAUGGUCAAGGUUGUUGCGUUGACCAACGAUACCGUCGGGACAUACCUAUCGCAUUGCUACACAUCCGAUAACACGGACUCGAUGACCUCCGGGGAAAUCUCGGAGCCGGUAAUCGGGUGUAUUUUCGGUACCGGUACCAAUGGGUGUUACAUGGAGGAGAUCAAUAAAAUUACGAAGUUACCACAAGAACUGCGUGAUAAGUUGAUAAAAGAGGGUAAGACGCAUAUGAUUAUCAAUGUCGAAUGGGGGUCCUUUGAUAAUGAGCUCAAGCACUUACCUACUACUAAGUAUGACGUUGUAAUUGACCAAAAAUUGUCAACGAACCCGGGAUUCCAUUUGUUUGAGAAACGUGUCUCCGGGAUGUUCUUGGGUGAGGUGUUGCGUAAUAUUCUAGUGGACUUGCACUCACAAGGGCUGCUUUUGCAACAGUACCGGACCAAGGAACAGUUACCUCGCCACUUGACUACACCUUUCCAGUUGUCGUCCGAAGUGCUAUCACAUAUUGAGAUUGACGACUCGACGGGUCUACGUGAAACAGAGUUGUCAUUGUUACAAAGUCUCAGACUGCCUACUACUCCAACAGAGCGUGUUCAAAUCCAAAAAUUGGUGCGCGCGAUUUCUAGGAGAUCUGCGUAUUUAGCCGCCGUGCCGCUUGCCGCCAUUUUGAUCAAGACAAAUGCUUUGAACAAAAGAUACCAUGGUGAAGUGGAGAUUGGUUGUGAUGGUUCCGUCGUGGAGUACUAUCCUGGUUUCAGAUCCAUGCUGAGACACGCGUUAGCCUUGUCACCUUUGGGUGCCGAGGGUGAGAGGAAAGUUCACUUGAAAAUUGCUAAGGAUGGCUCCGGUGUAGGUGCCGCCUUGUGUGCACUAGUUGCAUGA